AUGACAAGAUUAAAACCUUCGGACGAAGGUGACCAACUAGAUCCAGAUUAUGACAUUCCAGAUAUUUUUCUAUCUCCAAAUGAACAAUCACCUGGUGGAAUUUCCUUUCUCAAUGAAUAUUUAGAUGAAGAUGUUCAUGAGAAAGAUCUUGCUACUCAAUCCAUUAAAAAAGCCAGACCUAUGUCACGAAAUUGGUUUUUCAAAUCGUUUUUAACAAAACCUGAUGUUAUCGAGGGACCUAUGACAACUACGGAAUCAUUCUCCGAAGAGGUUGAUAAUACGAGAGACAGCAAUCUUACUCCAAAGAAAAGUUUUAAGUCUCAUUUUACUCAUGAGAAUAACUCCCCAGAAAAACCUCAUUUUUGGAAAUCCUGGAGGAAAAGUUCUCCUUCUAAAGAAGUUCAAGAUGGACGUACAAUAAAUGCUAGAUCAAGCUCAAGUAGGAAAAUUAUAGAAAAAUUAACUUCAGUAUUGUCAGACCCAAAAGAGAAAAGUGAUUUCAAAGAAGGUAGUACGACAGAAAAUAGUGAUUCGAGUUCUUUUGAAAGAGCAGAGACAAUAAGAAGUAAUCUCAAAGAAGUCUUGGAAGGAGAAAAUAAAAACGAAGUUCUAGAAUCACCCAUAAAAGAGGGCUCCGAGUUUGAAAAUAGUUCUCAGGCAACACCACAAAGUUCUGAAUCUACAUUUGAUUCUAACGACGCCGAAAACAAUGAGAUAUCUCCAUUGACACCGGAAGAUGAAGCCAUAAUUAAGGGACCAUAUAAACUAGUGUUUGAUCCGCCGGACCAAUAUUUACCUACUCUGACAAUUCCAACUGAUGCAACCAAAUUGGACAAGAAUUCGAAGACCCUUAAAAAUAUUAUAGAAAUUUGCAAGUUACUUAUUGUAGACGCAGACACUCAAAAAUUAGAAAAGAACCUAUUAAGUAUGACUCUGACACAAAUUGGAGAAGAACUACUGGAAAUAUUUAAAGAAAAAUUGAAAAAGUAUGAGUUGAGUAAUGAAAGUGUGAGGAGAUACGAAGAUGAGAAUAUAUUAUUAAGAAACAAACUAGAUAGAAGCGAGAGCUUCAACAAGGAUUUGACUGCUCAGUUAGAAACAUUAAACAAGGUAAAUUCAAGUUAUAAAGCAAGGGUAAAGGAACUAGAGGCAAGCUUAGUUAAGAAAAUUGGUGUAACUCAGCAUUUAACUCCAUUGGAUAGAGAAACCAAAAAAAUACUAGAGAAGGAAGAUAUCGGGACUGAUUUUUCAAAAACCACUGUUACUCAAAUGGAACAUAAUCAAAAUAAUGACUUACAAGAAAGGUUUACUAAACUGAAGAGGGACAAUAAUACUCUAGAGGAAAUCAAGGUUAAUACUGAAAAAAAAAAUAGAUCACUGAAGAAAAAACAAGUAAUACUAAAGUGCUACAAAGAUCAAUCACAAAGGUUCUUAUUUUCUAUGGCUUCAACUUUUAAUGGGUUUUUGCCAGAGGCAGUUUUAAACCACUUUUCUAGUGCCCUGAAGAAAUUGUAUGAUUCUGAUUUUCUUCUUCAUGAAAAACAGGAAAUAAGUGAUUCCCAAGUAAAAAAUAUGACCGAUAUAAUAAGCACUUUCUAUUAUAAAGAUGUUGAAGGUUUGUUCCUUGGUGAACUUGUCAGAGCCAUAACUUUUCAAACCAGAUCUAAUACUUUUUUGACCAUGCAAUUAUCAAAUCUACGAAAGGAAAAUUUUUCUCAAGCCAAAUAUAUUGACACAAUUUCAAGAAAAAGACCAUCAGAAAAUGAAGGAAAAACAUCUAGUGAAGGCUUGGAAGUGAAAACACUUAAUGAAGACGAUCAACCAGAAACUGUUUCAUUGAAAGACUCUCCUAACCAAGAUAUCUCCCUUCUAGAAUAUUGA